UUUUUUAUUAAGGCUGCAAAAUAAAAUAUAUAUAGAUAUAGGGUUGGGAUACAUUUAUUUGUUUUCUCGCAUUUACAAAAUACAUAUAAGCACAAGCAAACUCUAAAUAAUAUGGAUUCAUUGAAGCUUCCAACUAAUCCAGCUGCGGCUAAAACUUUCACUGAUUCCAAGUCAUUGUUGUUCCCUGGUGGGCUUGAUGGCGAAGGCAAACCCAAGGGAGAAAUUGGCCAACAAAUUAGUGAUAAUGGCAUUCAAGCGAAAACAGAGCUUCGUGGCAAUGAUUCAAUUGUCGAACCACGUCAAGAAGAAGAUAAUGGAGCCACGUCGGGUAUUGUUCCCACACUUCAAAAUAUCGUUGCCACUGUCAACCUUGAUUGUCGUUUAGACUUGAAGACCAUUGCAUUACAUGCUAGAAAUGCAGAAUACAACCCUAAGCGUUUUGCUGCCGUCAUUAUGCGUAUCAGAGAACCAAAAACAACGGCACUUAUCUUUGCAUCUGGUAAAAUGGUAGUUACUGGUGCAAAAUCAGAAGAUGAUUCAAAAUUGGCAUCUAGAAAAUAUGCUAGAAUCAUUCAAAAAUUGGGGUUCGAUGCAAAGUUUACCGACUUUAAAAUCCAGAAUAUCGUAGGCUCUUGUGAUGUGAAGUUUCCAAUUAGACUCGAAGGAUUGGCAUUUUCUCAUGGUACUUUCUCGUCGUAUGAACCAGAAUUAUUCCCUGGUUUAAUCUAUAGAAUGGUUAAACCUAAAAUUGUCUUGUUAAUUUUCGUCUCCGGAAAAAUUGUUUUGACUGGUGCUAAACAAAGAGAAGAGAUUUAUGCUGCUUUCGAAGCAAUUUACCCUGUGUUGAGUGAAUUCCGAAAGUCAUAAACGAAGAAACGUAAUCUUUAUCAUAUUAUCAUCCAUCCAUUUUCAACCCCAAAGUAAAAAAAAGAGAACGGGGUAUAUGUAUUUUUAGCUGAUUAGCGGCAUUGUGAGGUUGUUUUCUUUUUUUUUUACCUCGUAUUAUAACUCUCACUUCCCUC